AUGGAAGCAAGGGGUAUCUCUGGAGAAGAUGAUGAUGAGCUUUUUGAGAUGGUCAGAGAUUUUUUGGAGUCAGAUUCAUCUUUCACUUCUGCAGCUGGAUAUAAUGAUUAUAACGAAAACUCUUCUGAUGAUCAAUCACACCAAGUUGAACAACACCAACUCUCUCUCCAGGAGAUUCUUGAGAAUGCUACAGAAGCAGAAACUGAGAUUCUUGAAAAGAUAAUGUCUUACUGGAGAGAAGAAGCAGGGAUGAAAAUGGAGCCCAAGGAGCUGAGGAAAUGGAUGGUUUCAAGAUUGAGAAUGGAUGGUUAUGAUGCUUCACUUUGUAAGACUUUUUGCGUCAAAACUUCUGCUCGCUCAUCAGCAUUCAAAUUUACUGGGGAUUAUGAGUACAUUGAUGUGAUGAUAAAGAGCAGUGAGAGUGAGGGGGAGCAGUUAAGGGUAAUUGUGGAGACAGAUUUGAGGUCACAGUUUGAGGUGGCGAGACCUACAGAAGCUUACAAGGAGCUUUCAAGCUUUCUUCCUUGUAUUUUUGUAGGAACUGAGCAUAGACUCCACACCAUAAUCUCUCUCCUCUGUGAAGCUGCCAAACAGUCCCUAAAAGAGAGUGGGCUUCAUGUUCCACCCUGGAGGAAAGCUACCUACAUGCAAUCCAAAUGGCUCUCUCAAAAUUGCAACAAAAUAAUCCCAUUCUCACCAAUCUGA